GCGGCGGCGGGAGGGGAGGAGAGGGGGGCCGGCGGGGCUCGGCCGCUCGCUUGCCGCCUGACCCCUGAGGCCGGGGAGGAGAUGAAAGAAGUAGAAGAAUGUAUAGAAGAGAUGUUAAUAAGACUGGAUGAGUUCUGUGGAAUGACUGAUAUGAUUAGGAGUGAUACAUCCAAGCUCUUGGAAGAGAUGAUUCCACUUAUUAAGGCCAAAGUUUCAGAAAUGAACAAUGUCUAUACAAAAGUGGAUAAACUAGAGGCAUUUGUGAAAAUGGCUGGACAUCAUGUUUCUUUCCUAGAAGAACAAAUUCUCCAAGCAGAGAAGGCUCAUGCUGGUUUCCCCUCUUCUGUGCAGAAGCUGCUUGGGUCAGUGGCUUUCCCUUUAUUUAAAAAAACUCCAGCUGCACAGCACAAUUAUAACCUGCCUGAACUUUAUAGAACUGAAGAUUAUUUUCCUAUCAAAUAUAUUGGUAGCAAGUAUCAAAGCCAUUAGUUCUGUAUUUAAGCUUAUAGCCUCACAGACAAAUAAACAUAUAUGGUAUUCUCCUUCCCAUUUUCCUGUUUUGCAUCUGUGUUAGGGCAAAAUUCAUCAUGGAAAAGAAACUUUGCUAUUUCCAAUGUACUGCAUUCUAUUCUGUCCAUUGGAAGGGGAAAAGGCUGUUUAUUACCUUUGUGUUUGAUACUUGAGACACGUUUAUGUAAAUAAAAAUCAGGAAACAAGAUUUAAAAGAAAGAAAAUUUUUCUGUGUGAAGACACGCUGUGAAGAAACCGCUUUAUCACUUUGUAAUAGCUAAAAUCUGUUAUAAAUGCCUGGGCUGCUUCAGAGCAGAAAUCUCGUUUCAAAAGUAACCUACCUAGUUAUAUAUCUUAGUAUUCAAAAGAAAAAAAAGUAACCCCAUUAAAGUGGCAGAAAUA